UUAAUGGUCGCUCAAGUUUCUGGGUACCUACCAUCUUCACUGUGCCAUAGCAUAGACAACGUCUUCAGAGUCAAAUCGAGAGAAUGGCGAAUUUGAAUAGUUCUGAAAGAUUCAAAACAUUAUUGUCUGUGUAUCAAUAGCUUUACCAUUUUUCUUCAUCGUAAGUCUCACUUACCAGGACGAUGCCUUCCACUUCUUUAAGGGUUUUUCAAAGACCGUGAUCAAUGAAGGAACAACUCAAAACGUUACAACUUAUGCCUUUAAUGAAGCAUCGAACGUCACGAUUCAGUGCUUAGAAGAGACAGUUCACAAUAUUACAGUUCCUCAGGUAGCAUUUUUUCAUCCUAUAGUUUGGUCCUGAUAUUGCCAAGAAACUCUGAAUUCUGUGUAUCAGGAGCUGAAUUUAAGAAUCUCUUUCUCGGAUUUAGCAAAGCUAAGGUGUGAAAAAGCUCAAAAAGUUUCUAUUCAUCACGGACCGGAAGCCAGAGUUUCAGAUACUGAACCACAAGCUGCAGGUUCAAGAAUUAAUCAAUCAUUGUCACCUACUAGUGUUGCUAAUGAUGAUGACAAGCUGCUUGAAGGGCUUCUAGCUUCUGGGUUUGAUGAACAGUCAUGCUUAAGUAGGUAACACUCCUGCUUAUACCGUAAGGCCUUCCCUUAUCAACCAUCUCCAUAUCUCAUAUCGAAGCUCUGAAACUAUGAGGAUCUCCAUACAAGAUGUGGACUUGACGCCAAACCCUACAACAGAACUAUAAUUAAACUCAUGAAAUCACGUUAUGUCAUUGAUAUAGAUACUGCACUUUGUAAAUAUCUUGUCUGGAGGGCUGCCAAUGGCUUGGGAAAUAGGAUGAUCAGCGUGGCUGCUUCAUUUCUCUAUGCUGUUCUCACAGAAGAGUCUUCCUUGUUGAAUUCCACAGAGAAAUGGUUGGUCUGUUCUGUGAUCCGUAUCCUGAUUCAUCUUAGUUACUGCCAGAGGAAUUUUUCUCAAGUAAUUCGUCGUAGAGAUCUGCAGAAAUAUGAAAGCAUGCUGAAGAAUGACAAGGGAAUGCCUUCUUCUCCUCCAUUGAUUAUAGAGCUUGAUCUAGAACUUGGUGGUAAUGGGCAUGGAACGUUCUUCCACUGUAAUCAUGGUCAAGAUCUUCUUUCUAAAGUUCCUGUGGUGGUUUUGCGGUCAGAUCAGUACUUUGUCCCUUCUCUUUACAUGGUUCCAUCUUUUGGUAAAGAGCUAAGCAAAAUGUUCCCAGAAAAAGACUCUGUGUCCCUUUAUUUAGGACACUACCUUUUUCAUCCUUCAAACCAAGCAUGCCGUAUGAUCACAAAGUUUUACAAGUCUCACUUGGCCAAAGCUGAUCAGAAAAUUGGCCUCCAAACAAGAGUAUUCGAUGUGAACACAACACCAUAUGAAACUGUUCUGGGUGAAAUCUUAGCUUGUACUCUAAGCAAUAACUUGUUACCUGAACUGAAAAAACCAAACAUCAUCAGUAACAUCUGAGAUGAAAAACCAGACUUCCUUGAAAGUUAUUCUGGUGGCAUCUUUGCAUUCAGUGUACUCUGAGAAGCUGAAGGCUAUGUAUGUGGCAAAACCAACAGUGACAGGAGAGAUUAUAGAAGUAGUUCAGGCAAGUCAUGAGGAACGUCAAGAGUUUGAUAGUAAUCUGCAUAAUAUGAAGGCAUUGACAGAUAUGUAUCUGCUGAGUCUGUGUGAUGAGUUGGUGACUAGCUCUGAGUCUACUUUUGGGUAUGUGGCUCAAGGAUUGGGAGGAUUGAAGCCAUGGAUUCUUGGGAAGGAGGAAGAGAUUGAAGGGGAGAGAUAUGUGCCUUGUGAUAGAGACUUAUCGAUGGAGCUUGCUUUCAUUUCCCUCCUUUAAUUUGCAUGGUUGCUUCUUGCUAGAUAGUGCAGUUUUCAAUUUGACUUAUGAGUUUCCUCUUGGCCGGCACUGUAAAGAUGUUACCAGGGUAGCGAAGCUGUUUGAGUGAUUUUCUUUUCUUUUCUUUUUUCUUUUUUAAAAAAACGUCACUUUUUUUUUUUUAAGUUUCUUUCUUGUUGACAUAUUGGUUGCUUCUAAUUUCUUCAAGGUAUAUUCUUAUGA